AUGAGUCGCCUCUCCAAGCAAAAAGCAUGCAUAGCAUGCACGGAAUCAAAGCGCCGCUGCGAUAAAGGCCUCCCAUCGUGUUCCCGCUGCGACGACCGCGACGUGGACUGCCAAUACCCCGUCAUAAAGCGUCGCCGGCGGCCCGAGACCGCCAGGCCGCUGCCGUUCGCCGACCCAUCACCACCACCGGCACCAGUCCCGCUCCAGCAGCAGCAGCAACAGCAGUCCAUGUCGACAACAAUACCAGACACACUCCUCUUCGACGCAUCCCCUCUAACAACAAACAUCUGGAGCAUGCCCUGGACAGACCUAGACUUCACCACCCCGAACUUCCACCUCUCACCAUCAACAGCCUUCACCCUCCCGCCCCCAAAACCCGCACCAAUACCGCAGCAGCACCAACAAUCUGAUCCACCACACAUCGCCAAACCAGACUAUCCGCGCCUCACAUCCUCCGUAGCUGCCUCCCUCGCAGGAAGCCAAUGGUUCCUUGCCCCCCAAACCUGGAGAAUAGACCACUGGCCCGCGCCCCCGCGUGACGCCUACCCCGUCUCCGUGCUCACAAACUUCACCCGCGGCCUGCAGGCCUGGGUCCGGCGGUGGGUGAUGGAGGGACAUAAUCCAUUCAUCCACCGCAGCCUCUACGCUGAGGGGAAUUACUUCCCCUCGACCGUCCAGGACGCCUUUGCCGCGGCGUCUGUGUACUUCCACAAAACGUCUCUCAAUGAAGCAUUCGUCCAUCGUAUCUUGGAUGAAAGGGCCACGGCCCUGCUGGCGAGUCAGCCUGCGGCGGAAGGCGACUCAAUGCUGGAAACCAGGGAUCACCUAGCUCGCGUUCACGCGCUGUACGUCUACACCAUCAUCCGCCUCUUCGACGGCUCAGUAGGCCAACGAGCCGCAGCCGAAGAACACCUACCGACCCUGGACAUCUGGGCAAAACAGCUAUGGCAAUCCGCCCAGAAAGACGCCGAAACCCUAUACAGGCACCAGUGUCCCCCCUCAACAUGGCAGUGCCAGGCACAAAGGGACACUGACCUAGCAGAGCAAAUCACGGCAAACACCAGCGCCGCCAACGCCGCCAGACCAGGAAGAAAUAAGAAACCCCAACACCCAAAGGAAGAACUUUUCAACCACGACCUCUGGACUUGGAACCUCUGGGUCCUCUCCGAAUCCGUCCGCCGUACUUGGAUCAUCGUCGUCUGCACUCUAGGCGUCUAUAACGCCCUCAAGGGGAAAUGGGGUGAGUGCUCUGGAGGAGCUCUCUUCACCGCCCGCGCGGGACUAUGGGAUGCGCCAUCGGCCCCGCGCUGGGCGGCGCUGUGCCGGGAGACGUCUGGGAAUGGCAGUAGGACCGGGCGAGACACAUGUGGUGCCGGUACUGCUACUGACCGUCCGGGGGCGGAGUGCGGCGACGAUGACGGUGACAAUGGCUGCGGUGAUCGGAAUCUCUUUGUGCCUUCGCUUGAUAGUGACGGGUUGCUCCAUAAUGCAGCUGCAGUUGAUGUUGAUGAGUUUGCGAGGCACCUAUUUACAUGUAUCUGGGGCCUUGACCGGGUUGAAGACUGGGCGUUGAGGACAGCUUCGGAAGGCAAGGUGAACUUGGUUUAUUGA